AUGUACCGCUCAGAGACAGAACGACUGGAAAAAAUCCAGCAAAAAUACUUCGACGAGGUUGAGAGCAGAAGGGCUGCUUAUAUUAUUAAAACGGUUCUGGAGCUACUGAAAAGUUGUCGCAAAGGCAAAAGCAAAAAAGGCUGCAUUUUCAAGCAACCCGACUCCGGCAUAAUCAUGCGGUAUGUUCAACUGUCGUCACAGGUCUCGCGCCCUCUCCGGAAUAUGGCCCCUAUUAAAGAAACUUUGGACGUGCUAAACAAACCGACAACUAUACCUAUACGCUAUAUUUCUUUACGAUAUAAAAUCGAAAGCUCUUGA